UAAUACUCGGUCUGCAUCUUUAUCUGCAACUCUAAGGUUUGUAAUUAGUUGCAUCUGCUCAGAACAAAACGGCUCCAUCUUUAGGUAAUUUGUAGCGCUGCUUAUACGUACCCCAAAAUGAAUCUUAAGGAAAUGAUGAGAGACAAAAUAGUGAAAGAUGUCUUGAGGCCUUCGUCAGAGGAUGAAUGGCAUGUUUUCGUUUAUAAUGCAUCGACCGCACGAAUUCUCACGUACAUAUUCACGAAAACUCAAAUCUUGUCCAACGAGAUUCUCUCUAUGCAAAGAUUAGAGCUUAAACGAGAUCCUAUCCCAUAUCCGGCCAUUUACUUCGUUACACAUUGCAAGGAAACCUACAAAGCGAUCAAAAAGGACGUAAAAAACAAAAUAUACACGAAGUACUACGUGGUACACACAAACAGGAUAAAUGAGAAUGACAAAAUUAUUGGCGAAAAUAUAUUCUACAAGUACGUAGAUAUCAACUUUGUUGUGAUUAAUGAAAGAAUAUUUACGGGUUUGAACGGAGUAGGAGAUGCAAUACGGAGUUUCAGCUCAAUUCUCAAGCUGCGCUUCAAUGUAAUCAACUUGCGAGCAGAUACGGAUCUCUACGAGCAACUCAAGACAUGCAGCAGCACGAGUGAAUCGCGUAAUGAAUACUACAACUCUGAUUUGAUCGUUUUGGAUCGAUCAUUUGAUAUGAUUGUGCCGCUGAUACACUUUUUUAAUUUUGAGAGCCUGAUACACGACCUGAAUCUGUGCGAGAACAACACCGAUGAAUCGCCGUUGUACCGUGAAAUACGAUACAUGCACAUUGCCGACACGAAUAGCGUGCUCAACAGCAAAGCACAGAAGCUGGUUGAAGGAAUGAAAAAAAUUGACAAAAAGACAGACAUUAACGAAAUUCACAAGCUGGUACUGGAAGCACCCGAAAACAUAAAACUAAAGGAAAGCGUUAACCGCUACAUUAAUCUCGCUGAAGACACUCUUAAUCUCUUCGAGAAGGAGCAGCUUAACUACAUAGCAACAUUCGAGCAGAACAUAAGUACAGGCUACGACAACAAAGGAAAUCGCUAUCACGGUGGUCUAAAGGACGUAUUUGGUAUUUUGAACCAGAAGAUAAGGCGAGAAAACAAGUUCAGGCUUGUUUUACUCCUUCUGUCCACGCACUACGAUUUUCAGACAAACGAGGUUACAAAAUUGAAAGAAAAACUGAUGCUCACUGACCAGGAGAUAAAGAUUUUUGAGAAGCUGAAAACGAUGCGCAAAAAUUUCAACAAGAGAAAAGAGUAUAACUCAAAGUUUACGUAUGAGAUAAGUAGGUAUGACCCGCUGCUGCAUGAUCUUCUGCGUGCAUUUGUGCAGAACAAGAACAACAGGUUUUCUAAUUUGGUGAAGAGAGAGACGACAGAGAAAAAAGAAAGUUUAAGGAAGAGCUCUUUUGUGUUUAUGAAGCAUGAGGCGAAGAAGAAGACACUGGUGCUGUAUAUCGAUGUUGUAACAUAUCCAGAGAUGAUGUUGAUCAAUCAAAUGAGUGAAAAAAGCUCGUAUGAAAUAUUUGUGUGCACAAAUCAGGUUGUCACUCCCAAAGAAUACUUGAAAUGGCUGGGGGAAAUAAAAAUUUAACAUGAGAUGAUUGGUUAUCCGUGUAGCUGUCGGACUUAUGUCAGCGGUGUAAAUCUAACUGACAUUCUGAAUGAUAGACAUAAGUAUAUGAGAGUCUUGUAUAAUUGCGAUAAAUAAAAUGUUUUACCGUGUAGAGCGUGUUUACAUGGUGUAGAUUCUGCUUAGCGAUAGAUUGAGAGAUAUUUGCGAUUAAAGGCCUGAUUUACGUGUUUAGACAUCUUAAAUAGGCAUUUUGAAGACAUUUGUUCGGCUUCCGAUAUCAUUAAAUGAAUUAUUAUCCUUGUGAGCGGUUUUAUAAUCCUGUGAGGAUCGUGGAGUAUUAUCAUGGCUAAAGAUAGGCUUAGGUCCCAAAAAAG